AUGUCGUUCACUGCUCUUUGUGCUCGCUACGAUGUUCAUCAUCGAAAAGCAUUGUUUUAUCAUCCAAUUGCGAAUGGCCAAGCCGAGGUGUCAAAUAGGGAGAUUAAAUGUAUUUUGGAAAAGACUGUAAAUACGUCAAGGAAAGAUUGGUCAAAGAAUCUUGAUGAUUCACUUUGGGCUGAUCACACUACAUCUAAAACUCCGAUUGCUUAUGAGAAUGCGAUAAUUUUUAAAAACAAGUCGAAGGCCUUUCAUGAUAAGCAGAUAUUGAGGAAGGAUUUUCAACCAGGAGAUAAAGUUCUGCUAUUUAAUUCAAGACUUAAGCUUUUUCCUGGUAAAUUGAAGUCGAGAUGGCCAGGACCGUACACGGUAGGUUCUUCUCUUUGUUAUGGAGCAGUGCAAGUUCAUAGUGGGAAGACAAGACACUUUAAGGUGAAUGGUCAGAGAUUGAAGCAUUAUUUGGAAGGCCCAGUGGAAAAAUGCAAGUCCGUGGGGAUUUUGGAACCAAUUUGA